AUAAAUAAAGCAGUGACGGGGGUCCAUCUGAUGCAAACAGGUCACCGAUGGAAUAAAGGACAACCGACAUUGCAAGUUCUCCCUGCCACUCAAAGAUAUCUUCAUGUCUGACUUCUCUCACCUGAAAGCAUCAGAUUUUGGGGGAAAUGGCUCCUAAAUUAGCCUUUGUUCUGCUGAUUGUGUUCCUCGGUUGGGCAUUCCAGGCAGUUCUCCGGCCACCGCCUCCAAAACUGUGUGGCUCGCCAGGUGGGCCUCCUCUGACAUCUCCCAGGAUCAAGCUCAGGGAUGGAAGGUACCUGGCAUACAGAGAAGACGGAGUACAGAAAGACAAGGCCAAUUACAAGAUCAUCACAGUACAUGCAUUUGAUACCACCAAGGACUUCCCCUUGCCUACUUCUAAGGAGCUUGUGGAAGAAUUGGGAAUUUACCUCCUUGCUUUUGAUAGAGCUGGGUAUGGGGAAAGUGACCCGAACCCCAGGAGGGAUGUCAAGAGCGAGGCACUGGAUAUUGAGGAACUCGCUGACCAGCUUGAGCUUGGGCAGAAGUUCUAUGUCUUAGGGGUCUCAAUGGGAGGAUACUCAAUUUGGGGAUGCCUGCAGUAUAUACCACACAGGCUCGCAGGAGCUGCGCUAGUAGUACCAAUCAUCAACUACUGGUGGCCUUCUUUCCCAGCUGAAGUAUCCAGGCAAGCCUUCAAGAAACUGGUUGUGCCAGAGCAGAGGACCCUCUGGAUUGCACACAACAUACCUUCCUUGCUGAACAUGUGGAUGACCCAGAGGUGGCUCCCUUCUUCUGCGGCAGCUAUGCACCACCCUGAAAUAUUUAGCAAGCAUGACAUAGAGGUUCUUCAGAAGAUGAUGACAAUGCCAAGAACCAUUGAGAAUAAAUCAAGGCAGCAAGGCAUUUAUGAAUCAAUCCACCGUGAUUUACUUGUCGCUUUUGGAAGUUGGGAGUUUGAUCCAAUGAAUAUUACCAAUCCAUUUCCUCAAAAUGAGGGUUCUGUACACAUCUGGCAAGGAUAUGAAGAUAGGUUGGUGCUUGUUGAGCUGCAGCGGUACAUUUCCAAGAAACUUCCGUGGAUCAAGUAUCAUGAAGUCCCAGAAGGGGGACAUAUGUUCAUGCUGGUAGAUGGAUGGACCGACCAAAUUCUCAAGGCACUAUUGGUAGAAGAGCCCUCAGCCAUGUGACUGUAUAUCCAUUUUCAAAAUUCUGAGAACUGCAGCUGCCAGCAGCUAUUUAGUUUACAUUUUUUCCCUCAAGUUGUAUUCUUAGAGCAUCAAUAUUGGAAUGAUUCAAAAGAUGAUAGACCAUACUAUCACUUUAAGCUAUUGUUCUCCAGCAUAUUAAGUAAUCACAAUAGCAUGUGAGACCUUGGUACUUGUCACGCACUA